AUGGAGUCGGCAAAAGUAGCCAAAACCAUGGAGUCCAAAAAACGAGAGGCCGCACCGGCGGCUGCCCAGCAGAAGGGCAAGCCCAUACAUUACCCUUUCUGGUUCGGAGGCAGCGCUUGCUGUAUGGCUACCGUCGUCACGCACCCUCUUGAUCUAGUCAAGGUGCGCCUUCAAAUGCGAAGCGGCGACAUGCCCAAAACCAUGACCCGAACCUUCGCCCACAUCGUCAAAAAUGACGGCCUCCUCGCCAUCUACAGCGGUCUUUCGGCCUCCCUCCUCCGCCAGAUGACCUACUCGACCGUCCGCUUCGCAAUCUACGAAGAGCUCAAGAACCGAGCAUCAACCGACAACAAACAGCCCGGACUCCCCACCCUCGUGGCCAUAGCAACUGUAUCGGGCCUCAUCGGAGGCUUCAGCGGCAACGGUGCCGACGUCGUCAACGUGCGCAUGCAACACGACGCGGCCCUCCCUCACGCCGAGCGGAGAAACUACAAGCACGGCCUCGACGGAAUGUUCAAGAUGGCGCGCCACGAAGGAAUUGGCAGCUGGUUCCGCGGAAUAUGGCCCAACAGCGUGCGCGCGGCCUUCAUGACGUCGUCGCAGCUCGCUUCGUAUGAUGUUGUCAAGAGCGUCCUGCUUUCGCAUACGUCUAUGGGGGAUACCCUCGCGACGCACUUUACGGCUUCGUUCAUGGCUGCUGUUGUCGCCGCCACGGUGACUAACCCCGUCGAUGUCGUGAAGACGCGCGUCAUGUCGGGCAGCGCGGCGGAUCAUGGCGUUGUGUCGGUGCUGAAGAAUCUCAUCAAGACGGAAGGAUUUCGGUGGAUGUUCCGCGGCUGGACGCCAAGUUUCCUUCGACUCGGGCCGCAAACCAUCGGCAUCUUCAUCUUCCUUGAGAUGCACCGCAAGGUGUAUAGAAAGAUUAAGGGCCUUGAAGACUAA